CGAAAGUCAAGAAUGGAUUUUCACAAGUAAAGAAGUUGAAGUUGAAGUUGAAAGGGAGUAGCCGUGUAAAAGGAAUCUAUAUAGAGAGUUAAUAUGAGCAAUGCUGAUUUACGAAAGAAAAUCUGUGAAAAGUGUAUUUUGGUGAAAGGUUUUAACACAGAGACAAAUUUCAAUGCCAUAAGACAAAAUUUUGUCGAGUCUUGGCGGGGAACGUUAGCUACAAGGACAGCUGGCUUUGGAGUCAGUGAUCAAGAAUGGAUUGUUCAGUUCCAUUCACCAGAAGUUGCAGAAGGAUAUAUAACAGUGAUAGGCUCAUUAGACACACCAGAAGGAAAUCUGUCCAUAAGUGAUUGUGAAUUACCAUGUGAUAUACCAGAUGAAUGGUUGCAGACUUCAGAUGUCAGGGAUCCCUCAGCUUCAGAUUGCAAGGGGAACAACCCUUACACAGACAAUGCACAGCCUCCACCAUAUUCUGAGUACGCCAGCCAAGGACCAGGGACCAAUCCUUCAGCACCACCCCUACAUCAACAAGGUGGUCCCCAGGGAUUUCAACCAUUUAGUCCACCUAUUGAUCCACGAUGCAUGACACAUGGACCAAAUCCUCAAUAUCCUUAUCAAUUCUACCAUCCAGGAAUGGGAUGGCCACCAUAUCAGCCUGAACCUUCAAAAAAAGGAGAUCCACCUCAAGACCAAGAGAAAGGUCCCCAUGUUCCUGGAUAUCCAGGGCAGUAUGGAUGGCCACCAUAUGGAGGAUAUUAUCCAUAUGGUCAGUAUGGUUGUUAUCCAGGCUAUGGCUACCCUCCUGGUUUUGUUCCUCAACAAGAACAGCAGCCUGGUGCCAAGCAGAAUCCUACCAAUCAACCAGAAAUUUCUAUAAAUGAUGGAGAAAAUGAUAUUCCAUCUUCAUCUGCUGAACAGUCAAAUACAGAAACUCCUAUUCAAUCAGACGAAGAAGGAACGAAAGAAGAAGUGAAAGAAGGAGCGAAAGAAGAAGUGAAAGAAGAGGUGGAUGAGGAAGAGGACAUACUUGAAGAUGAUGAACCAAAGAAAACUACGACCAAUAUGCUGAAAGUGACAAAGCUGCCCCCAAAAACUACCAAGGAUAGCUUGCAGUUCUUUUUUGAGAACACAAGGAAGUUUGGAGGUGGAGACAUAGAGGAUGUGGAUUAUGAUGAAGACACAGCAUCUGCUAUUAUUACAUUCCAGGAAGAUGAAGCUGUUGACAUCGUUUUACAGAAAAUGCCUAUAAUGUUUAAUAAUAAAGUAAUAGAAGUGGAGGCCCAUAACAUUAAUGUGGAAGAGCCUAUGGAUACUACUGAAGAAUAUGAGAGUAACCUAAGUACCAGUGAACCUGCCCCGACCUGUACAAUAGAAGUCAGAGGGAUGACAGAUCGUACAACACAAGAUACCAUUAUGUAUUACUUUGAAUCUAAGAAAGGUGCUAACGCUGACGUAGAGACCAUUGAGUAUAUAGAGGAUAAAGACAUGUAUUUAGUUACAUUUCAAGAUGAAGAAGCUGUGGAUAGGACAUUACAGAAAAACCAUACAGUAGAUGGUUCAAAGUUACAAGUUAAGAAACAUAUUCCACCCAAAAGAUAUCCAAAUAAGGCAUUAGUUAAAGGCUUUAGUCCAAAGACAACAGAAGAUGGCAUUAUUAAUUUCCUGGAAGCCAGGACGAAAUUUGAUGUGGAGGGAGUAGACUUUGGUGACGAGGAUUCUGGGAAGGCUAUCGUUACAUUUUGUGAACCAAUAGAUAUUGGAGAUAUCCAAACAGCCUGUAAGAAGAGAGCAUUAGAUGACAGCUACUUGACAGUUCACCCUGUGGUUGUAACAAACUGUAUUGUUGUCCGAGGUUUCAGUGAGAAGACAACAGAAAGUGGACUGGAAUAUUACUUUGAUAAUAAAAGGAAAUCUGGUGUAGAGGGCGUCACUGAUGUCAAAAUGAAUCAGGAUGAGGAUUACUGUGUUAUAUACUUUGAAAAUGCUGAAGAUGCACUAUUAGCCUGUAAAAGAUCCCAUACCAUUGACAACUGUAAACUAAAGGUACAAGUCUUCUAUGAUUGUCUUGGUGUCCCAGCUGAUAAUGAAGGGCCAAAGUUCAAACCAUUGACUCCUUUAGUUAUUACUGACAUUGACAAAUAUAAGGUCAACUUCUUGAAUUAUUCAACUACAAAGAGAGCUGCUAUUGAAAAACAGCUUCAGGACAUCUAUGCCCAAAUAACAUGGCCAUCUUCCAAGGAUGAUAGCAAAAUAUCUGUUGAUUGCACCUUGACAAAGGAAACGAAAGAUUGUCGUAAACUUGCAAAGUCUUGGGGUGAAGAAGUCAGGAAAAGUAUAAAUACCUUUGUUGAUGCACUGGUUACUGAGAAGCAUUCAAUAUUACAAGAUGCUUGGGGUUCUGUCAUGGAUAAACUUCGGGAAAUAAACAUUUCUGAUCCUGAUGGUGUUACUGUAAGUGUGGAGAAACCACCCGUUUGUGAAAUCAUCAUUGCUGGUUAUACUGUACCAGUCAAAGAAGUUUCAGAUAAAAUUAGACAGAUAAUAGAUGAAGUUUCAGCCGACCUUGACAGAAAGAAACAAUCAAUUCAAGAAGAAACUAAACUGAAGUAUCACCAGUUGUUGAUUCUGGUUUAUACACACUUCAAAGACAAGGUCAAACAAAAGUUUGAGAAAAUGGAUGUAAAAAUAGACACAAAAAAACUUGUUAUAACAUUUAAUGGGUUAUCUGGAAACAUCAGUUCAGCAAAAGUAAUGAUGUUUGAAACAAUUAAUGACAUAACAUCAGCAUCUAUUGGAACAAAAUCACCAGCUUAUAUACAGUUUCUGAAUAGACAGGAAGUCAAGAAAUAUGUUGGGAAAAAAAUUAAAGAUAAAGGUCUGAUUGGAGUUUGGGAUAUCCAAGGCAACACAAUAACAAUGUAUUCCAUGUCAGAUGAAGAGGCUGUGGGGGCUUCUAUGAUCUUAAAAGAUUGUGUAGUGGAGACCCAGGUCCAUGUUGACAAUCUACAAAAGUCUGUAAUGCGGUCUACUAAAUGGGCCCAAUAUAUUCAAGCAAUACAAGAUGAGUAUGAGAGAAAAUCAAUUAUUACAGAAAUUAUAGAGGACAAACAAGGGCAGAUAAUCCUGUAUUGUACUUCAAAAGGAGAAGCAGGAAUGAUUAGAGAGAAAAUACAAGAUUAUUUCCUGGAUAAUUCAGAAAAAGAAAUAACAAUAAACCUACCACCUGCUCAGUUGAAGUUCCUUCAAGAAGAAAUGAAGGAUGAAGUGGAUGACCUUGAAAAAGGUCUACGAAAACAAAAAAUCAUUGUGGCUGUGAAAGGUGAUGGCAUUCUAAUUAAAGGUAAUCCUCAGGGAAUCAAAGACGCUGAACAUGAAAUAGAGGCAUUAGUAGAGAAAAUAUAUAAAACCAAGCAUUAUAUGGACAAACCAGGUUUAAAAGAGUUAAUGAAUACUGGCCAUGGAAAGUCAAAACUGAAGCAAGUUAGUAAACAGGCAGGAGUAGUUAUCAGUAGUGAUAGUGAUGAAGACGAAAGGUCAACAGGUCAAAUUAGACCUAGGCAAAGUGCUAGUUCAAAAGAGAGAGCAGUAUACUCUGCAGCUGGAGGUCAGGAGGUCAUUGUGGUCAAGGGUGAUAUUACUGGUCUGGAUGUGGAUGUUAUUGUCAAUGCAGCUAAUAAAGAUCUGGCUCAUAGUGGUGGUCUUGCCAAGGUGCUGGUUAAUAAAGGUGGCAAGACUAUUCAAGAUGAAUGUGACCAGUUCAUAAGUUUUAAUGGUCAGUUAACAGAGGGUGAAUGUUACUGUUCCAAACCAGGCAUGUUGAACUGUCAGAUGAUUGUCCAUGCUGUUGGUCCAGUGUGGCAAGGUGGCUCUAACAAUGAGGAAGACUCACUACAACAGUGUGUUGAAACUGCCUUAGUUGAAACAGAGAAAAAUAAACACACCAGCAUUGCCAUACCAGCUUUGUGUACAGGAAUAUUUGGUUAUCCUCCACACCUGGCGACUAGAGCCAUUGCCCAGGCAGUUAGGGACUAUUUCAAAAGGAGCAAGUCGAGCAUUGUUCAAACUGUUUACCUUUGUGAUGUCAAUGAGAACUCUGUAGACCUGUUUGUAAAGGCUGGGGACAAGAUGUUUGAUAAGGCAAAAGACAGGAAACAAAGGUUUAGUGGAAGACAAUCAGGUGGAAUGUCAUCUGGACAUCCUGGUCCUAUCUCAACAGGAAGUAUAGAAAUCAAGAUUGUUAAAGGAGAGUUAGCAAAAAUGAGGGCUGAUGUUAUUGUGAAUACCACAUCUAAGGGAUUACAGUUGAAUCAAGGUGCAGUUUCAAAUUCCUUACUCAAGUUUGGAGGUCAAAAGUUACAAGAUGAAUGUUCCAAGAAAUAUCCCAAAGGUGUUGACUACGGAGAAGUGGCUGUAACGACAGGAGGAAACUUAAAUUGUGAUAUUGUUUGUCAUGGAUGUUUGAACAAAUAUAGUCAAGGUGCUAUAAAGAUUCUGGAAAAGUUCAUUAAUGGUUGCCUCUCUAAAGCUGAAGGCAAAGGGUGUAAAUCUAUAGCAAUGCCUGCCAUGGGAACAGGGAAUCUGGGAUAUCCAGGAGCUCUUGUAGCCAAACAUAUGUAUGACAUGGUACAUCAGUAUUCCAGUCAGAACCCAAACUCCUGUAUUACCAAAGUCUUGUUUGUGCUGUAUGAUAAAGAUUAUCAAACAGUUAAGGCAUUUGAAGAUGAGGAGGGAAAUAGACAAGGCAGUCAUCAUGGCAGACAUGACAGGGACUUAACAGAUAAACCUACAGGAUACCAAGGCAGAGGUUCUUCUCUGGAUAUGGGGGAAGAGUUGCAACCCAUUCAUCAACAAAGGUUUGAUUUAGAUGAUGAGUUUAGACAAUAUUUAGCAAAAUCAGAAGAAUAUAAUGCUACAGUGCCAGUUUAUAGAAGGCCUGCAUUUAGUCUUGUAGAAGACGAAAUGAAACCUCACACUGUACAAGGAAUAAAGACUUCAGCGGCUAGAAGGGAGGAUAUAUAUAGGCAAACUCCAACUGAAAAUGACAUGACACCGCAAAGAAAGACAAAUGUGCUGAACAAAGUUAAAUCAGGCGAGCUUUCAAAAAUGAAACGGGGUUUAGCUACUGCACAAAAAAGACCUCAGAUUAAGCGUAUGCAGUCUGCUCCGGUUAUUUCAAUGCCAGCACAUACAUCUAUGCCUAAAUCUAAAUCUCAGAAUAGUAUAAAAACAUGGGACAAAAUAGAUAAACCAAACUAUUGGCUAGAAGACAUUGAAAUAGAAUUGGCCAUGCAAUUGAUUAAAAAUAACCAUCCAAAUAUUGAUGGACUUCAGCCAGUCACAGUAGCUUUGGCUGAAGGAUAUAAGAAACCAAGAGGCCAAUUUAUACAAAUUAUAAAUGUCAGUGGUAGACAUUGGUUAACACUGUCUGAUAUAAGCUGUCCCCCUAAUACGGUCAGAGUAUUUGAUAGCUGGAAAAGACAUUUACAUGGAGAUACCAAAAGAGCCAUCUUUGCUAUUGUAGAUAGAGAUAGCAAUGGACAGGUUUCUGUUGAUAUGUGUCCUUUUCAGCGACAGAGAAAUAAUGUUGAUUGUGGAUUAUUUGCUGUAGCUUCUAUGGUGGCCAUUGCCUAUGGAAAAGAUCCUUCAAAACUUAUCUGGGACACAAGACUGUUAAGAUCUCACUUUGUACAAUGCUUAAACCAAUCACAGAUGACGCCAUUUCCACUUUAUCAAGAUUCUCCUCCAAGCAUGUUGCCACAGAAAACGUUUGUCUUGACUGUAUGUCCCUUUUGCAAGCAGAUGCUUUGUGAGAAAGAUGAAACUGCAUGUAGAAAAUGUCCAGAUAAAUUAUCUAACAGUGCAAAGAAAGGACCUGACAAAAAGCAUCAGAAGCAGACUCCACCACCAGGAAACCAGUACAGCUCAGCUGCAGACAAAGAGUACAGUGUCAAUAUGGGAAAUGUAGUGUUCAAAGUCUACCAAGGGGACAUAACUAAUGUCAAAGUGGAUGCCAUUAUAAAUGGGACAAACACAGAGUUAGAUUUAACCAUAGGUGCUGUUGCUCAAGCUAUAAAGAAGAAAGGAGGAAAAGAAUUAGAGAAACAACUAAAGGAUCAACAAAAACAUAUGAAAAAUGAUGGAAUAGCUGUAACAAAACACACACAUGGAAUGUUGUGUGAAGCUGUGAUACAUCUUGACAUGACAGGGGUGAACCCAUCAGGUUAUGUCUCAGCGUUCUCUCCUGGUCCUAAACUAAAAGAAAGAAUCAAACUAGCUCUUGAUAAGGCUGAAAAAAUAAAGAUGGCCACUGUUGCAUUUCCUGCUUUAGGAAUUAAACUUGAUGAAACAGAUCAAUUUCAAAUACAUCAUUUAAAGGAAAGUGGUAAAGGAAUAUCUGAAAUAGCUAGGAAAACUGGAGUUAGUGUGCCUACAGUCAAAAAGUACUUUUAUAAGGAUGAACCAAUCAAAAGACCUAGAGAAUAUUCCAGACCAAUUAUGACUAAUGAUGUGAUAGAGUGUAUUGCAUUUUUUGUAGAAAACCGUCCCUCAAUACAAAUUAGAGAAAUCCAAAAUAAGUUAGUAGAUACUGGAGUUUGUACAUUAGAAACUUGUCCAACUGAAUCUUCAAUAUGCAGAGCCUUAAGAAAUGACCUUUUAUUAACUCGCAAGAAAAUUCGACCUGUUGCAAAGGAAUCACAAACACUGAAUGUAGAAACCAGUUUUGAUGAUUACAUAAAUUUCAUUUCUACAACAAAUUCUUUCAACUUGCAUUUUUUUGAUGAAAGUUCAUUUUUGAAAAACACUUGUAACAGAAAAUAUGGAUAUUCAUUGUAUGGACAUGAGGCAAUAGAAAUACAACGUUUUGCAUCUGAUGCUACUUUGACACUAAAUUUAUUACACAGCCGAACUGGAAUAGAUUAUUUCAAUCUAGUUGAAGGCGCAUCUAAUAGUUUGCAUCUAUUAAACUUUUUUAGUGAUGUUUUUAACCAUGGUUUAUAUGGUGCACCUAUAUUAAGUCCUGGUGAUAUUGUUAUUAUGGAUAACUGUAGAUUUCAUCAUGCUAGACUGAUUCAAAACAAUCUUGAGUAUUUAUUUGCAAAUAAUGGUGUUACUUUGAUUUAUCAGCCACCAUAUCAUCCAGAAUUAAAUACUUGCGAGUACUGUUUUAAAGUUAUCAAGGAUGGAAUUAAAAGAGAAAAUAAUUUUUAUGAAUAUCAUAUGGAACUUGCAAUAGCUGACUCUGUUUUAAAUAGUGUCAACCAAUCUUUAUCUGAAAGAAUUUUCCAACACUGUACAUCUGUGACAGCCAAUGUACCAGUUGGUGAUAUAGCUGAAGACAUGUUCAAAGUGGUAGAAAAAUUCCAGAGCAAAAGCAAACAUGUACAACAGGUUCAUGUAGUUAUUUUCCAACACGAUAUGAUGAAAGAUUUUAUGGCUGCAAUCCAAAAGUGUGUCAGUAAUACUAAAGAUAAAGGCUACGUAGAAAAGCUGUUCGGUUGGACUGGACUUGUUGGUGGUGACAAGAAGUUAAGCAUAUCCAGACAUGACCGUAAACUUAUUGGUGCACAGACACCAGUUGAUAAAGUGAGGAUGACCUCUGUGACAUUUGUGAUCUAUGCCAGAGACAAACAUGCCGCUCAGAUUGCCAUCAGAUUACUAGAACAAUCCAUAGAAAGCGAAUGUGACGAAAAAAAAAUAUCUUCAAAGAUUAUAAAAGAGUUCAAUGCUGAUCAGAAAUCUGAAGUGAAGAAUUUGGAAGCAGCUGGAAAGAUAAAAGUUACUUUAGAUACUACCAAAGGUGAAAUAAAAAUCAGAGGCUUGAAACAUCAUAUUUCUGAAGCAUUUGAUGAAGUACAUGCUAUAAUCAGAGAUGCAGAAAGGGCCAAACAAACCAUGCAAAAGGCAAAGUUGAUCACAGACAUGGUUCAAUGGUACUACAUGGAAGAAGACCAGGGGAAGAAAAAACUUGUGGAAUAUCCUUCAGAUGUAAAUCUGAUACUAGAAUCAGCACUAAAAGAUCAGAAAACAGUAGCCUCAUUUUCUGAUACAAAUGGAAAUAAAUACAUAGUAGAUCUGAAUGCCUAUGAGGAGUAUCCAGCAGAUGACCCAACAGAUAAAGUUCAAGUACUGAGAAAGUCUAAACUUGUAGACCAAGCAUAUGAACCGCCAAUGACAUGGGUUCCCAUGGAUGAAAAAGAGAAUUUGAAAGUAGUGCAAUUACAACCCAAAGACCAAGAAUACAAAGAUGUUACUGCUAAAUUUUUGAGUACAGCUGGGGCAAAUGUAGAAUUUGUGAAGGUUGAAAGAAUCCAGAACAAAGUACUUUACCAACAAUUUAUUGCCAAGAAGAAGUCUAUGGAUGAUACCAAUCCUAAGACAGUCCAGAAUGAAAGACCUCUUUGGCAUGGGUUCUCAGUAGAUGCUCUUGAUAGUAUACAAAGAUAUGGAUUUAACAGAAGUUACUGUGGAAAAAAUGCUACUGCUUUGGGUGCUGGUGUAUAUUUUGCAGUAAAUGUCAAUUAUUCAAUCAAUGAUACAUAUUCAAGGCCUGAUACACAUGGACAUAAAAGAAUGUUUUUGUGUAGAGUCCUGACAGGAGAGUACUGCCCAGGUGCCCAUGGUAUGAAAGUACCACCAGCCAAAAAGGGAGCUGCUGGAAGCCAUAUUUUAUAUGACACAGUUACUAAUAGUGUGAGCAAUCCAAUCAUGUUUGUGAUUUUUCAUGAUUCACAAGCUUUUCCAGAAUAUCUGGUUACUUUCAAGAGGAAAUAAUGAUACCAAAAC